AUGGUAAAUUGUAAUAAUGUUGGAUAUAAUUCAGAUACCGACUUGAUUUUAAAUAUAAGUAAUAAAUUUACAUUCAAUAGUGAAUCAUCCAAAAAGCCUGAUUUUGAUGAUACUAAAAAUUCAAAUCAUAAUAGUUCAAUAUAUAAAUUACCAAGUAAUAUACUAUUACAAAUUUGUUCACAUCUACAACAAAAUGAUUUAUUAAAUUUAAGUUUAUCAAGUAAAAUUUGGUCAUUCCCAGCUACAAAUUCAUUAUAUUCAAAAAUAAUAGUUCAUGAAGAUACAAGUGUUGUACAAACCAUCAAAAAGGCAAUUAAUAAAGAUCAAGACAAUUAUGGUUCAUUAAUAUCAAUAGCAGAUUUUCAAAGAUUAUUAUAUUCAAUUAAUAAUAAUCCAAGUUUAGGAAGAUUGAUCAAAAAUUUAAUAUUCAAUGUAAGUGAAGAAACAAUGAAUUUAUUAAUUUUCACAACCAAUUUAUCAGUGGGUCCAGAUCUUAUAUCAUCAAAUAACAAUAUUCCAAAAAUUGAUUCAACAGAAUCAAUGUCACCGGCAGCAACGGAAACGACUGUACCAAUUUCACCUGCCUCUCAACAUUCUUCCACAUCAUUAUCAUCAUUACUUUCGUCCCAUGGGUAUGGAAACAACGAUCAUUCAAUUAAACUUAAUAGUUUAAUUGCCCCUCAUGUUCCAAUAAGGUAUUUUUUCCAAAAUUCAAGUCAAUUUCAAAUUUCAAAUGUCACAAUGUUAAGUAUAUCAAUAAGAGAUUUAUCACUAACAGAUCCAUUACUUUUAAAUUUUCCUCAUUUACAAAAAUUAAAAAUGAAUUAUGUUGAUGAUGAACAAGAUGCAGUGAGUCUAAAUAUGUUUGGAAUGGCUUUAGACCUUAAUAAUUCAUUAUCAAAUUUAAGAGAGUUAGAAUUUGUUGAACAAACAAGUAAUGAUAGACUAUCUAUGUUGAAUGUUUUAAAUAAUUUAUCAAGUUCAAAUUGUAUAAAUUUACCAACUUGGGUAUAUUUUUUCCAAUCCUUAAGUUCAGAGAGUUCAAGUAAAUUGUUAUUAUUAGACUCAUUAGCUAUAGAAGGAUAUAUUGGUAAUAAAUCUAUAGAAUGUAUUGAACUUUUAUCAAAGGCAAUAGAUUUAUCAUAUUUAGCCAAUUUACAAUUAAAGAUAAUAGAAACAACUCAUAUAAAUUCAAUUCAUAAUGAUUUUACAAACACAUCAAAUCAAUUUUUAAAUUUAAUUACUUCAAAAACAACAUCAUUGGUAAGUUUAGCAAUAAAUCCAACUUUUGAUUGUUUAAAUUGUCAAACAAAAUCAAUUAUACAAACUAUUCAAUUGAAUUUAAAAAAUCAAUUAAAAAAUUUAUCAAUAAAAUUUGAAUCACCAACUUUAGAAAUUUCACAAAUUAUUAAUGAUACAAUUUGUAAAAAUCAACAAAAUUUAGAAAGAUUAUUAGUGAAUGAUAAAUCAACAAAUUUAUCUGAUAGAUCAUUAUUAUUUAAAUGUAUAGAUUCAAAUCAAUCAUUAUUAAAUUUAUAUGAUUAUGGGUUAAUUUAUGAAAAUUUAAUUAUAAAUACUUUAUUUGAUGAUGUUUGGUUACAAGAUUUUUUAAAAUUAGAUGAAAAUUUUAUUAUAAAUGAUCAAAUGAUAUCUUUCAUUUCAAAAUCAAAUCAAAGAGGUUUAAAUGAAUAUCUUUGGUAUUAUUUACAUUUUGCAUUUAGUCCAGUUGUUUCAAGUAAUUUUAAAUUGGCUGGAAAUCUACCAAAUUUAAAAAAUUUAAAUGUUUUAGGAUUACAUUUAAUAAUUAAUAAUUCAUCAUCAUCCACUAAUAAAAAACAAUAUAAAAAUUUAAUUUAUAAUGAUUUAAAUUAUCAAAGAGUAUUAAAAGAAAUUUUUUAUGUUACUAAUGGAAAUUAUAUUUCUUCAGGUUUGACUUUUAAAAAAUAA